CCGACAACACCCUCUCGCCUUCUUAUUCCUCAAGCCCAACAUGCCGGUGGAAACCGAGCUGUAUGAGCUUCUGGGCGUGUCCGUCACGGCUACGGAAGCGGAGAUCAGGAAGGCGUACCGGAACAAGGCUAUGAAGCACCAUCCUGUCAAGAAUCCGGAUGACCCGAACGCAAGCCAGAAGUUCCAGGAGAUGGCGGCCGCCUACGAAAUCCUCAGCGAUCCCCAGUCACGAGAAGCGUACGACAUGUACGGCAUGGAGGGCAUGGCGCGCGGCGGGGGAGGAGGCGGAGGCGGCAUGGACAUGGACGACAUCUUCGCGACCUUUUUCGGCGGCGGCGGCGGCGGUGGCGGCGGCCCCGGGAUGCACUUCGGGUUCGACUUUGGCUCCUCCUCCGGCGGGCCGAGGCGGCGGAAGGGCGAGGACACGACGAUCCCGUACUCGGUCACGCUCGAGGACCUGUACAACGGCAAGUCGGUGAAGAUGAACAUGGAGAAGGAGGUCGUGUGCGGGGUGUGCCACGGGUCGGGCGCGAAGGGGAACGCGAAGCCGAAAAAGUGCGCCAAGUGCGAGGGCAAGGGAUGGACGUAUAUCCACACUCAGGUUGGCCCGAGGCAGAUGGCGACGAUGCGGGCGGCGUGCUCGGAGUGCCACGGCGAGGGCGAGAAGAUACGCGAGAAGGAAAGAUGUAAGAAGUGCAAGGGCGAGAAGACCGUGAAGGAGAAGACGCGGCAGGAGAUCCAGAUCGAACGGGGCAUGCCCGAUCGACACCGGAUAGUUCUCGCCGGCGCCGGCGAUCAGCAGCCGGGCGUCCCGCCGGGCGACGUCAUCUUCGCCCUGCGGACGGAGCCGCACGCGGCGUUCGAGCGCUCGGGCAAGGACCUGCUCGCGCGCGUGAAGAUCACGCUGUCCGAGGCGCUCCUCGGGUUCUCGCGCAUCCUGCUCACGCACCUCGACGGGCGCGGGAUCCGGGUGGCGUCCCCGCCGGGGACGGUCGUCCGGCCGAACGAGACGAUCGUGCUCCGGGGCGAGGGCAUGCCGACGUUCAAGCACCCCGAGUUGAAGGGCGACCUGUUCGUCGUGCUCGAGAUCGAGAUGCCGGGUCCGGAGUGGCUGGCGAGGGUCGAUCGCGAGGCGCUCGCGGGGCUGCUGCCGCCCAAGAAGACGGAGCUGGAGCCGCGGCCGGCGGUGGUGGACGAGGCCGAGUACGAGCAGACGGAGCUUGCCGAUGUGCGUGGCCGUUCCUUCCCAGCCGGUUCCGACUUUUUCUCAAGCCACCCGCAUGGUUAUGGCGGCUAUCCGGGACAGUUCGGCGACGGGGGGGACGAGGAGGACUGGGUGGACGAGGACGAGGAGGACGAGGAGGACGAGGACGGGAUGGGCGGAGCCGAGCCCGAGUGUAGGAACCAGUAAUAGCCGGGGUUUCCCGUGUUACCUGACGUGUCGCGGAGGGCGGAUGGAGGGAAGUGUGGAGGGUGUUUGCUCUUUUUGUUUUUGUUUUUUUGUUUCACCUUUGCCGACGAUGCCUAGCUACACGUAAUACUUUGCAUAAUAUAAUACG